AUGGCACACAUGAUGCAGCAAACACCACACACGACAGCGCAGCCCCAACAACAAGCCCAGCAGGCUCAACAGUACGCACAGCAGCCCGCAGCACCAAGGAAUCCAGAGUUGAUUAUGGAUGCUUUGGCAGGAAGCAUCAACGAGUUUCGGUUCGAGGCAGAAUUCGGCGUGACGUUCCCUGCAUGGUAUGCACGUUACGAGGAUUUGUUCGUGCAAGACGCCUCCCGAUUAGAGGAUUCAGCGAAAGUGCGGCUGCUCAUUCGCAAAUUGGGCACAGCGGAACACACGCGGUACUGCAACUUCAUCCUUCCCCGUGUUCCCCGCGACCUCACGUUCGACGAUACAGUUAGCAAACUGAAGGCCCUAUUUGGAAGUGCGGAGUCCCUACUUAGCAAGCGGUACAAGUGUUUGCAAAUUGUAAAAGCGAAUAACGAAGACCUGAUGACAUUCGCAUGUCGGGUUAAUCGCGCUUGUGUUGAUUUCCAAUUCAGCGCUAUGACCGAGGAGCAGUUCAAAUGCUUAAUGCUUGUUUGUGGGUUGAGAGAGGAAGGCGAUGCUGAAAUCCGCACACGGCUUCUUGCUCGCAUCGAGGACAAGGCAGACCUCACGUUGGAGCAGCUUUCUGCCGAAGCUCAGCGCAUCACAAGCUUGAAGGUGGCCAGCGCGAUGAUAGCCACCGAGGGAAACGAGCGAGUUUUCGCUAUGCGCGGUGACUACAAGCAGCGGUACGCGCAGCAGACACAACGCAGCUUCAGCAACCAGCAGCAUCCUCAGCAAGCAGACCGAAGCGCACCAGCAGCGAAACCACCGGGUCCAUGCUGGUUAUGCGGCGAUCAUCAUUGGAUACGAGAUUGUUCGUACCGGUCGCAUAAGUGCGAGGAUUGUGGCAAGUAUGGGCACCGCGAAGGGCAUUGUAACACUGCAGGGCGGAAGAAAAGAAAAAAUAAUUUCUACAAGCGCUCUUCAGUAGCGACAAGGGUAGUUUCCGUUAAUAUUUUUAGCGUACAACAAAACCGGAAAUAUGUGACCAUCCACAUUGGGCAGAAAUCGGCCAGGUUACAGCUCGACACUGGCUCGGACAUUACGAUCAUAGGACGAAAGACCUGGAAACAGCUCGGCAUGCCAACUCUAUCUCCAGCGCAAGUGCACGCGAAAACGGCAACUGGUGCACACAUUCAGCUGGAUGGCGAAUUUGAAGCAAAUAUUACGAUUAACGGAAGGACUGAAACGGCUAUAAUAAGAGUUAUUCCGUCAGAUUUGCAGCUAUUAGGAGCCGAUCUAAUCGAUAUUUUUUCGCUUGCAGCCAUGCCGAUGAACCAGUUUUGCAACAGAAUAGAGAGCGAUUCUGCAAAAUGGGAGAAGCGAUUUCCAGCUGUUUUCCACGGUACAGGUUUAUGCACAAAGGCCAACAUAAAGCUGCAAUUGAAGGAAAAUGUCCGUCCUAUUUUCUGUCCGAAGCGUCCCGUAGCUUACGCCAUGCAGGCAACAGUCGAGAAGGAGCUAGAUAGGCUACAAGCACUCAAAGUCAUUACGCCAGUUGACUAUUCCGAGUGGGCCGCGCCGAUUGUCGUCGUUAGAAAGGGGAACGGUAGUAUUCGCAUUUGUGGGGACUACUCCACCGGACUGAAUUCGGCUCUUCGGUCAUAUGAAUACCCAUUACCGCUCCCAGACGAUAUUUUCGCUAAGCUAGCCCAAUGCAGAUUCUUUAGCAAAAACGACCUUUCAGACGCCUUUUUACAGGUCGAAAUUGAUGCCAGAUAUCGACCCUUGCUAACCAUAAAUACACAUCGCGGCUUAUAUUAUUACAAUCGCCUGCCGCCCGGCAUCAAAAUAGCUCCUGCAGCAUUCCAGCAGCUAAUAGACACCAUGCUUGCAGGACUAAAAGGAACAUCCGGAUAUAUGGAUGACGUAAUCGUUGGUGGCAAAACGGAACGCGAGCACGAUGAAAAUCUGCUGAAUCUAUUCCGCCGUAUACAGGAAUUCGGAUUCACUAUCCGUGCAGACAAAUGUGCGUUCAAAAUGCAACAGAUAGAGUAUCUGGGUUUCAUUGUCGAUAGUCGUGGCCUUAGACCAAACCCAGCAAAAAUCGACAUAAUUCAGAAGCUGCCAACACCAACAAAUAUUAGCGAGGUACGUUCAUUCCUAGGCGCGAUCAACUACUAUGGAAAGUUCGUUUCGAAAAUGCGCGACCUACGAUACCCGCUAGAUAUGCUAUUGAAAGACGAGAGCAAAUUUUUAUGGACUCGGGAAUGUGAUCGAGCCUUCAGCAAAUUCAAGGAAAUACUCUCGUCCGAUUUACUGCUGACACAUUAUGACCCGAACGCCGAAAUUGUGGUAUCUGCAGAUGCAUCAGCAGUGGGACUUGGUGCAACAAUUAGCCAUAAAUACGCCGAUGGCUCGAUAAAGGUUGUACAACACGCAUCAAGGGCGCUAACGCAAGCCGAAACAAGGUACAGCCAAAUAGACCGUGAAGGUCUUGCCAUUAUUUUUGCGGUCACUAAGUUCCACAAGAUGCUGUAUGGUCGUCAUUUUUGCCUGCAGACAGACCACCGUCCACUAGUAAGAAUUUUCGGCAGUAAAAAAGGUAUUCCGGUUUACACGGCAAACAGACUGCAACGAUUCGCACUGACCUUGCAGCUGUAUGACUUCAGCAUCGAGUAUGUUCCCACUACUAAGUUCGGUAACGCCGACAUACUAUCAAGACUGAUAAGGGAACAUGCCAAACCAGAACCGGAGUACAUCAUAGCCAGCGCCGAACUCGAGGAGGAUAGACGUUGCGAGAGCUACAAAUACUGA